CCCAUCGAGUGAUGACAGGAGAAAGAAUGGAGAUCUUGACGAAGUAAAUGUAAAAGAUCAGAUUACUGAAGAAAAGCAGCGCAGCGAGAGUCCUCCACUUGCUUGGGUCGAAAUUGCGGAUGAGGGUGCAAAUAUUUCACAACAAAACGUAACACUCGAUGAUGCCGCAAGCACGGUUAAAGACACCAGCACGCCUGACAACGAAACAAAGACGGUACAUGCAUCAGACUAUCACGAUAACGGCCACAUUGCAACAACGCAAAGACCACCCGGUCGACCACCGGGUCAGGGUCGACCACCACCCGGACAGGGACCGCCUCCCGGACAGGGACCGCCUCCCGGUUACCCGGGUGGGCCUCCGCAGCAGCCUCCUCCACAGCAGCCCCCUCCUCAGCAACCGCCACCCCCUGCAGAUAAUAAAGAUAAGCCAGACUGCAAGCAUGAGGUUUAUGUGCCCCAAGGUGGAUUUGAAUCUCCUGGGUAUCCUCGAGGUUAUCCGAAUAAUGCAGAUUGUAUGUAUCGCAUAUUUACGGACAAGAUUGUUAAUGUACUGUGGAUCCGGUUUGGGUAAAAUCAAAGGUGGAAAUCUACGUGGAAAGGGACCAUUAGUAAUGGCAUUCCGCAGCGAUGAUUCAGAAUUCAAAGCUGGAUACAAGUUCAAGUUUGAAUUUGAACUUGAUGGUCCUGAUCCGUGCAACUCGAACCCAUGUCAACAUGGAGGAAGCUGUGAACGACUAGUUGGUUAUUAUAAGUGUCAUUGUGUUGAUGGAUAUGUUGGAGUAAACUGUCAAGAAAAUAAAGACGACUGUGCAUCAUACCCAUGCCAAAAUGGCGGUGAAUGUAAAGAUGGUUUGAACAAAUAUACAUGCGAAUGCAUCAAAGGUUUUACUGGAGAUUUAUGUGAAAUAAAUCCCGAUCGUUGUGCCUCAAACCCGUGUCAAAAUGGUGGGAUAUGCGUCAACCGUACUCCGGAUUUUGUUUGCUCUUGUCCAAGAACUUUCAUGGGAGACACCUGCGAGCAUGAAGUUCCAACGGUACCUCCUCCUCCAACAACAACAACAACGUCGCCUGAGGUCGAAACAAAACCACAGGAAGAUGAUGAGAUAACCACCGCAACACCAGCUGCACCGGAUACAGAAGGAGAAAACGAUGAAAAUGAAUCCUCUUCUGGUGACAAUAGCAACAAAGUUGGUAUGAUAGUGGCUAUCGUAGUUAUACUGGCAAUUGCACUGCUAUUAGCUGGUAUAUUCGCUUGGUAUUGGUUCAAACAUUUACGAAAAAGCAGCAACGAUCGACAGGAGAAAGAAGUGACGUUGAUCAAUAUGAAAACAAGAUCUGAACUUGGUAAAAAGGGGAAAGCAAGCUCAAGAACAACUUCUAUAAAUGUUGUAAAUUCCAAAGGUGGAGGAGGGAAAAAACCAAAUGGAUUUUUAAGUGAACUUCAGAAAAUGUCACAGGACAUAAUCAUGGAAGAAGUUCACGCUGAUGAAACGCCCGAAAGAAACGUGAAAAAACGGGAAACCAUGCCAAAUGAGAUGCAGAGAUUUUCACAUCCACAAAUUAUGAAUCAACCAAUCAAGAGGAUUUCGAUACCCAUUUCGCCGGAUGAAGUCGCAAUGAUGCAACGGAGUCCAAUAGCAAAUAUCCCGUUUGCUAAUAAAAACAGUCAGCAGGCACCCAUGAACAUUUCUCCGGAAGAUGCCGUUACGCUAUUGAACUAUUUGAAAACAAAUGACGGAAAUCAAUGUGAUAUACCGACUGCUCUGUGUGCAGUUCAAAAUAAGAGUGGAAAUCCAAUGGCAUCACUGUACCCAAGUUAUCGAAAUCCUUCCCAAAUGCAACCAAACAAACCAUACAAUUCGGUUAAUCGUCGGAUGCCAGUUGCUUCAACAGAUGAGUCUGUAGAAAGUAUUGAUCUUACUCCCGGAGAAGCAGCAGAUGUUGUAAAUUAUCUCUUGGCCAGCUCCCCGACUAACGGUUUACUAAAACCAGAGGAGGCCGUCGAGGUAAUGAGAGAAGUUCGAGAUAAUAGAAAUCGGAACAGAAACUCAAUGCGCGAAAAAGAAAAAACUGUGGUGUUCAAUCCACAAGAGGCUGCUAAUAUUGUAAACAGCUUUGGAUCUCGAAACAAACGUGAUCCUCGUAUGAAACUAAGAGAACGACACAAACGCAAUAGAGGUUUUCGUCCGUAUACUCCAAUAAUGGAAGAAGAUUCUCCUGUGGAUGAUGUCAGAAGUCAACAUAAUUUUCAAUACAGCGAAAGUCCUUCAGACAACGACACGACAAUACCUUCACCAAGAAAAUCAAAACAAAAACAUAUAGCCUACGCAAACACCAUUGACCCAGAAGAAAAAGUUAACGAUUGGUUGAAAGCAUCUCCAAAGAGGAAGCCACGGAAAGAAAAACGACCGUAUUCGGCUGCCAACUCAAACACAACGGAGACUCACACAGUAACGAGGAGUUUCCCACAAAAACAACGACACAAAAAUAAACAACAAGACAUAGUGGAAAAUGAUAUGUCAUUAGUGGAUUACGAAGACGAUGCACGAAGCUCAGUACCUAGAACAAUACGACAAACUAGAGUGAAAGUUCCAAACGGAAAAAGGAUUUCUUUGCCUGUUACUGAAAACAAAGCUAAAUCUUUGGUAGAGAAGUUGGUGAAAGCUCCAGUUCGAAGCAAUCAGAACGUAGUGGGACCAUCACUCGGCGUAAAAAGACAGAAUGCCUUCAUGGAUUAACUUCGCCGAUUGUUUGAAACAGAAGGAAACAAAAAAUAGUAUGAAGACCAGAAUAGAAGAUUUUGCUGAAGUAUCUUCAUAACCAGCAGAUUUCCGUGUCACAGUAUACCUCUAAUAAGAGUCUUAGUCAUUCUACACUGGCAGAUACGAAUCACCAAUUUGCCCGAUGCAUAGUCGUCGAGUAUUGCCAAUACUACCUCAAAUAGUAUAUAUAUAUUUAUUCCAUGAACUGCAAUGGCUUGCUUGCAUCGAUAAACUCGGACAAAAUGUGCAAAUAUUGCUUGCGAUCGAUUCUUUUUUGUAAUAAAAGUACAAUGCAAAAAUUCGCUUGACAGUUACUGUUUUUGGAAGGAUAAGACUUACAUAUUUCUCAAGGGGGAAGAAGAGCCGAUAAGAAGGCAUAUUCAUAUGGCGAAUCACCGCCUAAUGUCCGUUUAUCAGUCAUUCCACGCCGACGAGAAGUCCAGCAAUCCUCUCGCACAUAAUUAUCCCCCUUGAAACAGAGGUGCGAUGGCAAGCGUAGCACGAUGUGCCACAACGCCGGGUCAGUCUAGCAAGGUUUAUUUAUAUAGACUGUUACACGGAGAAAUGUGGCCAAACAGUCUGUACCAUACUCGGCUAACGUACAAAGGACUGCAGCGAAAAUCACAUUAUCCUGGUUAUUGUCAUCCAGUCAAUUUGACGGAUGGGGCCAGAAUGUGUUAAUAAAAGAAACGUUUGCAUAUCCCUAAAAAUGAUACAAGUAGCAUUGUCACCACUGUGGUGGGAUGGAUAAUGUCGAGACUUUGGUAAGUUGACGUCCCGGGAUUUUUCACGUAUAUUGCUUCAUUCUUUUGUACAAUGUUUUCGCGUUCAAAGAUUUGAUAACCUUUGUCGAUAACUCCAUACUGAGUUGUUAAUUUUACUGAUGAAUGAAAUCGCGCUCCGUCGCCUCACUACCUUCUACAAAUACUCAUAUCAUAAACAGCUUCAAUAAUUGUCUUGCCACGUAAAGAGAUAAAAAGAACAUUUACGGUAAAUAUCAUCAUAGUCAAGAAGUUGGAAGUCACCAUAUUAUGUAUGUACGAAACGCAAAACCAUCAAAACAAAAACAAGAUGAACAGUAGCAUAACAUUACACAGCAACACAGUUGCAGUGAAGCGGUUAUAUGUACACAGCACAACCGUGCGAAAAACCGAGAUGAACAAAGGGAAAAAGAAAGGCAUAAAUUUCAAAUUUACUAUAUAGUGAAAGCGUUGAAAAAUCAUACUAUAUUAAAAUGUAUCGGGCCUGAUUAUUUGGCUUGCUUUUGGGGGAAUGAAACAUAUAACAAGGAGAAAGUUGUUAUGAUUUGUAAACACAGUUUAAAUUAUAUUUGGUUAGCAUGAGCCAUAAACAGAUCAUUCCAGCUUACAAUACCGUAUGAUAUAACCUUAUAGUGGAAGAAUAACAGUAAUUCACUUUACAUAUCUUAAAACACGUGAAUCACCUGUUAUAUUUUUCAAUCUCUUCAGAAACUUCCUAUCUAAAAUAUCUGUAAGUGCACUAUUAAAUUGAGUAAUGAAUAAAUGUAGUACACAUUAUGCAAGAAUAGACUUUGGUUGGAUUGGCAUCAUUUUUAUAUAGCAUAAUAAGUCGAAUGAAUCCAAUAUAAGUAUGUCAGUACUAAAAUCAUCAAAAUAUCAUUGAAAAUUCAUUGCGUAUGAUAGUCGAGGCACACAGUUCCAGAAGUGAGUUUAUAUUUUCAAAUAUGCCUCAAUAAAAAUGAAUUGAGUGAGCAAACCCUUAAAUUGUAAUACUAAAUAAGCCCUCAGAAAUCAGUACUUCUUCUUCAACAGGCUAGAAAAACUAAUAAAAAACAGAAUAAAAA